AUGACUACAGACUCAAGUUAUUUCACAGACCAGAUUCAGGCUAGGUGCCGUGAUCCAAUCCCAUAUACUGUGUAUUAUGGGACUUUCGCACACACGCCAAUACUCGGAUCAAUGGAAGUGAUGCCGAAAACAGCCAUCGGUGUGGAUAAUACCGGACUUAUCACAUUCAUCGAAAAGAGCUUCCAAGGUGAUCUAUUGAAGCUUGGAGUGGAAAAGUUUGGCGUGGAAGAAGGCAGUGUCAAGGUUGUGGACAAGUCUGGAAGUGAGACCAAGUUCUUCUUUCCAGGAUUUAUCGACACGCACAUCCAUGCACCACAAUAUCCCAACAACGGUAUAUUUGGAGAGACAACUUUGUUAGACUGGCUUAAUAUAUACACGUAUCCGCUUGAAUCAUCCUUUAAAGAUGCUGCAGUUGCACAUGAAGUGUAUUCAAGAGUAGUGAAUCGCACACUUGAGUGUGGAACCACCACUGCUGCAUAUUAUGGCACAAUUCAUACUCGUGCGACUGAAAUAUUGGCAGAUUCAGCCCUGAAAGCAGGUCAACGUGCUUUAAUCGGCAAGUCCUGUAUGAACGACCAUUCCCCCAGCUUUUACUGCGAAACAACCGAGGAGAGUAAGCAGGGAACGCUCGAUUUAAUGAAUUAUGCGCAUAAAAGAGACCCGAGUGGAGAAUUAAUACAGGCUAUCAUUACUCCGAGAUUUGCCGCCUCGUGUACGGAUGAGCUUAUGAGAUGGCUUGGCGACUUACGAAAGAGCAAGAACUGCUAUUGUCAAACACAUCUCUCGGAAAAUCAUCGGGAGAUAAGGUGGAUGGCCCAGCUUUUUCCUCAGUAUGACAGUUAUACUGACAUAUACUACCAGACGGGUCUUUUGGGCAGAAAAACUAUUCUUGCUCAUUGUAUUCAUCUCACAGAUGACGAGAGAGAUCUUCUUGUGAAGACUGGGGCUGGAGUUUCACACUGUCCAACUUCUAAUUCAUCUAUCACCUCUGGUGAAGCCAGAAUCCGUUGGUUGCUCAAUAGUGGGAUCAAUGUGAGCUUGGGAACAGACUGCUCUGGUGGAUUUUCUCCCUCCAUUCUUGAAGUUGCAAGACACGCACUUCUAGUUUCUCAUCAUCUAGUUAUGUCUACACAUAACGACAAGGAGAAGCUCAGCGUUAAGGAUGUGCUUUAUUUGGCAACCAUGGGUGGAGCCAACGUGCUAAACUUGUCUGACAAGCUUGGAUCUUUUGCAGUUGGCAAACGGUUUGAUGCCCAGCUGAUCGAGUUGUGCAAUCGGGACUCCAAUAUUGACAUUUUCGACUUUCAGAGACCCAGAUGGGGGUCCCAGGAUCCUAAAGUCUCGCACACGAGGUUUGACAAUCUGAUAUGCAAGUGGCUUUUUAACGGAGAUGACCGGAAUGUUGAUCGUGUGUACGUAAACGGAAGACCCGUGAUAUAUAGAGUGUGA